ACACUGGAUGCUAUGAUGGCAGUGUCAGAGCUGUGAGGCUUAAUCUGAUGCAAAAUUAUCGUUGCUGGUGGCAUGGAUGUUCACUGAUCUUUGGAGUUGUGGAUCAUCUGAAACAACACCUGCUAACUGACCACACCAAUCCAAAUUUUCAGACCCUGAAAUGUCGUUGGAAGAACUGUGACGCUUUCUUUACUUCCAGGAAAGGUUCCAAGCAGGAUGCUGUAGGACACAUUGAAAGACAUGCUGAGGAUGACAGCAGGAUUGACUCAUGAAGCUUUUCACCUCCCACAUUGGGAAGUAAUUUUAUAUGUCAGAAUUAUUCCAAAUAACAUCUGUUCCUUUCUCCAGUCUUCCCUCUUUCUUUUCCCACUUGGAAUGUAAAAACUGAGUGGGGCUGAAAUGCAUUGCUAUGGAGACUGCAGGUUGUGUUGCACUCUGUAGAAGCAAGGCUGGUCAAUUAAGAUUUAGCCCAAAUUCUUGCAACUUUUUAAUUCAUUGACAGACGAGAAUAUUCCCUCCUCUUGUCUGCCUCGGUUUUUAUUGUUUGGGGUUUUUUUCUGGUGGUUUUUUGUUUGUUUGUUUUAAGAUGUAUAGUCUUUGGGAAAUCCAGAGGGGUGUUGAGAACUUAGAUUCCAAUAGGUGCUGGUGUUUGCAAACUCAGCUUGAGGCCUGUUAAACGUCUAAGACAUGUCUGUUUUUAUGUUGUAUCCAAUUUUUUAGCCGAUUUUGAUAAAAUUCUGCAAACUAGAAUAUCACAAAUUCUAAAUGUAACCUGCAUUUCUGCUGUACAUUUUUACUUUCUUCAUAGAAAGAAAAGGUAUUUUAUGGAGACUGGAAUAAAUUAAUUUUUUUAAUGUUAAUUGUAACUUAUUUUUUAUUCCUUAUGUAAAAAUUGCUAUAACUGGCACAAUAUAUGCAGUGAUAGAUACCAUACCUCCUGAUGUAUUUUGUUUAUUUGUGGGACAGCAGUUAUUUCUUGAGAAUUAUGUCAGUAGAGCAAAAACAGCCAGAACAGUGGCUCUACU